UCAAAGCUGAGGGACAUUAGACGUAGACGUCGGUUCAAUAGAGAGAGAAUCCUAGACAAGCAAUGCAAUCGUCGCUGGGCUGUCCCAGAUGGCGGUUGAAUCCCCCCAUUCUUCCUCGCCCAACGACAUAAAUCUUUCGGACCGCAACACCACGAUAUUAAUCGUGACUAUUGUCACGGUUUCCGUCGCGACGGUGUUAAUAGCUGGACGACUGAUAAGCCGUGCAGUUAUCGUCAAGCAUAUAACAUUCGACGAUUAUCUAAUUGUUAUCGGCUGGAUACUAUCGUUGGGGGCUAGUGUCGUGGUUGUAUUUGCGACGGGAAAAGGGUUAGGAAAGCCAGAUGCAAGAAUCAAGGACGAGUGGGUGCUGCCAUUAAAGAAAUGCAUAUAUGCAUUUAGUGUGCUUUAUAAUCCAGCUCUUGUAGCGACGAAGUCAAGCCUCUUAGUCUUUUACUUGCGACUAUCGAGGGUUACGAAUAAACUUUUUCGAAUUAUUUCAUAUGCAGCGCUUGUGCUAGUCAACGCGGGGGGUUUGGUCUUGACACUCCUCUAUAUAUUCCAGUGUCGACCGGUCAGUAAGACCUUCAACGUGCAUAAUGAUCUAGCAAAAUGCAUUCCGAUCAUCACGCUAUAUCUUACCUCCACACCGAUUACAAUCGUUACCGAUGUUAUUAUCCUGGUACUUCCGAUACCUAUGCUUACUGGAAUACAUAUGCCUCGGAGGCAAAAGAAUAUAUUGGUGUUUACAUUCGCCUUGGGAAUAUUUGUAAUGAUUGUGGAUGUGAUUCGGGUUUAUUUUUUGCAACAGGCCAUGAUAGACGUCUCGUCUUUGACCGCGUCACCAACUUCAACGAUUGGGCUAGGAGAUGAGAAAGAUUACGCGUUUAUCGUGUCAUAUUCUUUAAUGUGGACAGCGGUCGAAGUCAAUAUUGGUAUUGUGUGUGCGUGCAUCCCAACAUUGAAGCCGAUAGUAAAGAGGAUUCUUCCGAUUUUGCUUGAGCCGACUCGCCACCAUUCUUCUCACGAGACACCCACUGCAUCUGUUGCAAAAGUUGAUAAUACGGACGGUAGCAAUCCAUCUCCGGAAUCGACAUUGCAAGGAAAAAUACCACCUGCGAAUAUCGUGGCAACAGCUCCGAUCGCGGCUAAAGCAAGGCGACAGGUUGAAGCCGACGAUAUAGAGUUUAUCACUAUACCAACCACGGCAACUAAUAUGCGGGCCAGACAAGAAUCGAGUGCUUCUAGUUCCGGUAGCGUCUACUUCGGUUUUGUUAAUAUCCGGCGCCCGAAAUGUUUGGCAGAUCUUUCCUCGGAGGACUCGUGGAGGUACUGCACUGCUGUUACGAUCCUCUUCUUCUUAUGGGGUUUCUCAUACGGCCUUCUCAACCACUUGAACUCACAGAUAGUGGCAAUUUCGCAUUCUGCUGUAUCGCAAGGCAUAGGCUUACUAUCAGCAUAUUGGGGCGGGUAUAUAUUCGGACCCUUAUCAUUAGGAUGGUAUGCGUUAACAAGGGGGGGGUUUAAGGUGACAUUCAUUGCGGGGCUCUGUGUGUAUGGCGUUGGAACUCUCAUGUUCUGGCCCUCUGCGGUUCUCGUUUCCUUCCCUGGUUUCGUCAUAUCUACUUUCGUCGUAGGCUUCGGUCUCUCCGUUCUCGAGACGGCCGCGAAUCCCUUCCUUGCUCUUGCCGGUCCGCCAUUAUAUGGUGAGAUGCGACUACUGCUUGCACAGGGGGUUCAGGCUAUCGGAAGCGUGGUUAGCGAGCUUCUUUCUAAAGUACUUUUUGCGAGUGUAAAAGAACAUUCAACAUUAAUUGGCGUACAGUGGACAUACCUUGCUAUCUCAUACCUCGCGGUCAUUCUCGGUCUCUUCUUUUACUACAUGCCGCUUCCGGAAGCGACUGACCAAGAGUUGCAGAGGGCAACACGAUCUCGAUCUCUGCCUAUGAACAGAGUUAUCAUAGAGCCAAGGACAUUGACGCAUAUUGGCGCCUUUAGAGUCGUGUCUAUAACGCUUGCCAUCGGUGUCUUUGCACAGUUCCUGUAUGUUGCCGCACAGGAAACUGUCAACCUCUGGUUCUCUGACCUCUUCGCCGACCAUGAUCUGGGUUUCAGCCCUUCUUUGACACUACCAAACAUAUCCUUGGUUGGCCACAGCGUCUUUGCGGUGUCACGCUUUUUGUGCGGCGCGUUGUGCCUCGUUAUUCGCCCACGCAAACUUCUCUGCGCCUCUCUCCUAGGCGGCAUGGCCAUAUCUAUAACUAUUGCGGCGCUUCCCUCACACACCGCUACAACCCACCCUAAUACGGUGUUGGGUCUGACGGUUGGGUUAUAUUUCUUUGAAGGCCCCGUAUUCCCCCUCAUCUUUGCGAUCGCCUUGCGUGGUCUAGGCCGCGCGACAAAGAGGGGUGCGGUGAUGCUAGCAGCUGGGACUGGGGGUGGCGCCAUGGGACCAUGGGUUUUGUUCGCAUCGCAGAGCAAGAUGGGGGUGCGCAGGAGUUUCUGGAUCGUCGCUGUUGCUCUAGGGAUGGCAUGCCUAUUCCCUGUGUAUUUGAAAGUUGUCAGAAGGGCGAGGGAGGUAGUUGAUUGGAAUGGGGUCGAGGGUAAGGAGCGGAAGUGGUGA